AUGGAUGAUAUUGUUAUAAAUGAAAAUUCUAUUUCUGAACUUGCUACUGUUAAAAUAAUUUUGAACCAACAUUUCAAAAUUAAAGAUUUGGGUCAUUUGAAAUAUUUUCUACGUAUUGAGUUGCUAAUCAGAAAAGAAAAUUGUUCUCUCUCAAAGAAAUAUUAUCUUGAUCUUUUAGAAGACUCUGGUUUGUUAGGUGCUAAACCAGUUUCUGUUCCCAUGGAUAGUGCUACAAAACUUCAUCAGGACGACAACCCCCUUCUCUCGGAUCCUUUUGUCCAUCAACAUUUGGUUGAUCGCCUCAUAUAUCUUACCACCACGAGUCCAGACAUCAUGUAUGCAACACAACAAUUAAGUCAAUUUAUGACGUUUCCUACUCAGUCUCAUCUUCAAGUUGCAAAGCGAGUGUUGAGGUACUUAAAGAGUAGUCCCGGGAAAGGAGUUUUCUUCCCCAUAAGUUCAGAAAUUCAUAUUCUCGACUUUAGUGACUCUGAUCGGGCCGGAUGUCCUGACACUCGAUGA